AUGGACUAUGGCCGUUAUAUUGCUGAUUGGAACCGGCUGGAUGCUGUGUUAGGAACUGUUGCUGGAGAGGAAGCCAACUCACGGGGGGUUUGGUAUUGGAUUGGAUCGCAACGGAGAUUUACGGCGGAGAUGGGCAAGAGAAAAGCGAGCAACGUCUGGAUGUUUUGCCAGAAGAAUGCGGAUUGCGCAACACAAGACCAUUCACGCAGCACCGGGUCUCAACCACGACACAGUGAAUUGGAGCGAGAGAAAGGAGGAGAGUUGUCGCUGGGAGGAAGCCUGUGUGAUGAUAGCGAAGAAAUGCCAAUUGCACCGGCUUGCCAUUGUGUCCCGGCGGAUUUGGUGUUAGUGUCAGCCGCGCAUGGGGGAAGCAUCAGGCCGAAGUGGGCUCUGGCCUGCCUUGGCUCCCCGCCAGAGUCCAUCCCAGCCAUGCGAAAUCUCCCAUCCGCGAAGGUCAGCGGGUCAGCGGGCUGGAGCUGGAGCCGGGGCCGGAUCAUCGUCACGGCUGCGAGCUAUUAUUCCGUGUUAAAGACCGGUCUGUGUCUAGAGAUGUCCCAUCCCUCCUUUGAAUCCUGCUGUCCUACGUUUCCAACGUUGACAUAUAAGCUUGCAGCGUUUAUCUGUUGUCUGGACCAGGCCUGA